CCGAGACGGCCCAUUGUCCCCGAGGCCCGCGGCCUUCGCCCCCCUGAGCGGGAUGCAGCCCUCGGGCGAGGCGGCCGCCAGGGAGGCUGCGGGCCGCGACGUGCUGGCCGCCGACCUCCGGUGCAGCCUGUUCGCCUCGGCCCUGCAGAGCUACAAGCGCGACUCGGUGCUGCGGCCCUUCCCCGCAUCCUACGCCCGCCAUGACUCUAAGGACUUUGAGGCCCUGCUUGCAGAUGCCAGCAGGUUACCCAACCUGAAAGAACUACUGCAGUCCUCGGGAGACCAUGACAGGCGGGCCUGGGACCUGGUGAGCUGGAUCUUGUCCUCCAAGGUCCUAACGAUCCACAGUGCCGGCAAGGCAGAGUUUGAAAAGAUCCAGAAGCUGACUGGGGCCCCUCACACACCUGUCCCUGCCCCGGACUUCCUGUUUGAAAUUGAGUACUUCGACCCAGCCAAUGCCAAAUUUUAUGAGACCAAAGGAGAACGAGACCUGUUCUACGCCUUCCAUGGCAGCCGCCUUGAAAACUUCCAUUCCAUCAUCCACAAUGGGCUGCACUGCCACCUGAACAAGACAUCCUUGUUUGGAGAGGGGACUUAUCUCACCAGUGACCUGAGCCUGGCCCUCAUCUACAGCCCCCAUGGCCAUGGCUGGCAGCGCAGCCUUCUCGGCCCCAUCCUUAGCUGUGUGGCCGUGUGCGAGGUCAUUGACCAUCCGGAUGUUAAGUGCCAAACCAAGAAGAAGGAUACCAAGGAGAUAGACCGCCGAAGGGCAAGGAUCAAACACAGUGAAGGGGGAGAUAUCCCACCCAAGUACUUCGUGGUCACCAAUAACCAGCUUCUGCGAGUGAAGUACCUGCUGGUGUACUCACAGAAGCAGGCCAAGAGCAGGGCUUCAAGCCAGCUCUCCUGGGUUUCCAGCCAUUGGUUCACGGUGAUGAUAACCCUUUACCUGCUGCUGCUACUCAUAGUGAGCAUCAUCAACUCCUCGGCAUUCCAGCACUUCUGGUAUCGCUCCAAGAGAUAAGCUCUUGGGGCCUGGCGUUGCGGGGACCACCUCCACCGUGUGCCUUACUGAGAAUGAUUGCCCCUCCCCUCGUCCAGCCAGGUUAGAGCCUGGGGGGGCUAGCCCCUCUAGGAAGGCGGGACACAGGACCAUCUUUGAGUGACAUUUGCUUUGACCAUGCCUCCAGCCAUGCUCAGCUGGGAACUGCCAGCCCCUCACUCUGAGUUUUCAUGGGGGAGCCCUGUCAUUGGCUUCUUCUGAAAUGGUCUGAGGGAGUUGCUUUUCAGCCAGGGCCGAAGGAAGAAGUCCUGCUGCGUUUGGAAAACAGUGUGUCCAGGCUGUCAGUGGCGUGUUUACAAUCGCUCCUGGAGGAGGCUGGCCUUCUCUAAUGCUUUCUGGAAGGUAUAAAGUGCGUAGUGGGGACUAUCAAUCACUGGGCAGUUGCCUUGUUUUGACUCCACAGUCAUGUUUCUCAUAAAAGACAGCAGGCUUAGUUUUGAAUUCCAUCAGCCUUUUGUGUGUGAGUGCAAAGCAUUUUCACGGUUUUUCUCAAGUCAACAAAUGGCCCCCUGCUGCAGCUGUUGCCUGCUCCCUCUCAUGCAAGCUGAGGACGGCACAAGGAAGGGGACCCAGCCACAAACCACUCGAGGCGCCAUCGUCUUCUAAAAAUUAAUCAACCAAAUUACAGCUGAGAUGGAAUCCAAUGUUUGCUGAUUUUGGUUUUUUUUUUUUUUUCAACCACUACAUGACAACUUUGUGAACCAAGCAAAAGGGGAAAUUGCUUAACUGAGAGCUCCAUCUGGCCAGCAUCCAUGGUUUGCUUUCUGGCUGUGUCUUGGAGAGAUGAUUUGAGUGACAGGCUUGCCUCCUGUUCUUGUCCUCACAAAGCUGCCUUGACUGUGGCCUGUGGCCCUAGUGUCCACGUUGCAGGCCCUCAGAGGCUGCUGGACUUUGAGACGAGGCCUGGCUUGGUGUGCCACAGGUCCUCACGGAUCAAGGGACUCUGUGGCCUGGGUCUUUGGGCGUUAGGAGAAGCUCCUGCUUGCCCAGAGAGCCACAGCCCUGUUCACUGAGUUCUUUGCCUUCUUCCCGGGAAGUUUUGGCUGCUGUGGAGCCCUGUUUGAUUUUGGGUGAAGUUUCCGUAAUGAAGGGGGAAAUAAUUUUCUAUAAUUUGUAAGGUUGUGCAAAAGCCACUGUAAUGAAUUUUACAUUGAAUAUUGGAGCAUUUAAAACAUAAUAAAAGUAUUUU